AAAUUCACUCAAGUGAGAGUGGCCUUAACACUUCUGGUAGAUGCUUUCUGAUAACACUAUCUCCACAGCCUUGACCUUGCUCGUGUGGUAUUGUCAAACAAAGCAAACUCACUGAUUGGCUCCCCGGCGCUGAUGGGGUCUCUUUUCUACAAAAUCCUUGAGGAUGGAAAUGGGGGGAAAAAGUAGAACCAAUAAAUCCCACGCUAGCAAAGACAAUAUGGAAAGGACAUCAGCCUAAAAAGGUGAAGUUCUUCCUUUGGAAAAUAGCGCAUAAAGCCAUUAACACAAGUGAAAAUCUUCAAAAAAGAAUGUCUUACAUCACUCUUUCUCCAAAUUGGUGUCCAUUAUACAAGAAAGAAAACGAAUCACAAAGCCACUUGUUUAUGCAAUGCACAUACGCUCAAAAUUUCUGGACAACGAUUCUCAAUAUAUUCAAAUGGCAUCUCACAUUUCCUAGGGAGGAGGAUGAGACAGAUGAAUCAACAACUAUGCCAGUUCAGCUGGGUUUGAUUUUCUCGCAUACAGAGAAAUAUCCUGAUGAACCUCCACUUUUGAAUGUGAAAAGUAUCAGAGGAAUCCCGGUAGAAGAUCUAAAGAUUUUGAGAGAAAAGCUUCAGCAAGAGGCAUCUGAAAAUCUUGGUAUGGCUAUGGUCUACACACUUGUGACAUCAUCUAAAGAGUGGCUAUCUGAGCGAUUUGGUCAAGAAAGUAGCCUUGAGAUUGCUGAAGCAGAAGAAAGGGCGAAAGAAGAUAUCAUUGUACCACAUGGAGAACCUGUCACCCUUGACACGUUUUUAGCAUGGAGGGAAAAAUUUGAAGCAGAGAUGGCGCUGGAACGAGCCAAAAUAAUGCCGGAAUCAGCUCUUUCUGCACCUAAGGAAAAGAAACUUACUGGCAGGCAGUGGUUUGAGAGUGGAAGAGCUUCUACGAAAGGUGCAGCCCCAGUUACUGAAGGAUUGGAUGAAGAAGAUGAUGAAGAUAUCGACUUUGACGAGGAUGAUUUCGAAGAUGAUGAGGAAGACAUGCUCGAGCACUUUCUUGCUGAGAAAUCAGAGUCAUCCUCUCACUCAUCCAGAAGGCCUUAGUUAUAUAUAUCAGUUCAUGUGGUUCAUCACAAGAAUGGGUAUCAAAUUCGGCUCGUAAUCUUAGUUCAUUCAACUUUUUGUUGUAUUGGGCUGUGUUCAAACGAUAUCAAUGAUGAUCGUGGAACUUGGAAGUCUGCAUUUUUGGUUAGAAAGAACAGCUAGUGGAGGUAGCCAUUUCAUAUGUUUGUUGUAAAUUUACUAUGGAAAGAUUCUUAUUCAAAACAUAACAUA